AUACCGAGCAGUGUGCGACAAGUGUGGACCGCAAAUAACAGAGCUCAUCAAGCAAUAACUAUGUCGCCGAUUUUGGGUGUUCUGCUAAUCGCUGCUGUAGCAUUGAUGUCUCCGUGUGUUCAAAGUACACAAAUGUGCACAAAAGACGCGGAAUGUCCCAAAGAUCUAUGCUGUCUGCUAGGACCUAUCAGAUACGCGACACCACAUUGCAUGCCGUAUCAACAACCGGGCCAACAAUGCCGAGUGAAUGCCGAAACGAUUACUACUAAUUUGACUUACCCGGAUAAUUCGCGACUGGAAGUUAAGGAUGUGAAUUUCAUCUUGUGUCCUUGCGCCGAGGGAUCAUCCUGUAAUCCGAGAACAGGCAUUUGUGAUUAGAAGCGCACUUUUCCAUCAUUAGAAGAAAUCAUGGGUGUGGGUUACUCAGGAUGAAAUACACUUUCUCUGCUAAAAGAAGAGAACAUUUCAUAAGAAUUAAGUGAAAUAUUUAAUGUUAUUACACUAAUAUAUUAUAUUUUUUUAUUGCAUUAUAUUAACGUUAUUAUUAUUAUCUUUAAAAGUACCAUAGUACUAACAAUAAUUAUGGU